GUCAUCAAAACAAACUUCAGGCACGUACUAAACGUAAACAGUCUGUAUUUCAGACUCUUUUAAAUCGCUAGAAUUGUUUGGUUUUUAUUUUCGUUGUACAUUUAUAGUUGUUUUACUUUUGUGUCACUCUGGCGUAAUAAACGAACCUUCUUUUUGGUGUAAGUAAAUAGUUUGUAUACUUUGUUAGCGGUUACUGAGUUCCGUCUCUUGGCCAGCUGGCUGGCCUGCUGUUGGUCAGAUAACGUUCAGGCAGGCAGGUAUCGGAGUGGAGGUACACCAUGCCCCAGCCUCAGGAGCCCGGAGGGAGGCAGCAGCCGCUUCCGCUGGUCCGCUCGUUGAUCAGUCGCCUCCAGGCCCGUGUGGUGUUCUGUAACCGGACUCCUCGAACCGUGAAGCUCGUAUGGAUCAACUUUAACGGAGAGCCGCAGUCCUACGGAGACCUGCAGCCGCUGACGGGGAGGACGGUCACUACUUAUGUGGGGCAUCCCUGGAUGUUUCGUGAUUCUGAGUCUGAUGAUCCCCUGUUGGUGAAUAAUAAGGAGAUGUACUUACCCAGUGCAUUGGAAAAUGGCCAGGUGUCAUUGGCCAACAUCACAUUACCUGUGUUUUCCCUGCGAGAGCGCUGUCUGCAGGUGGUGAGGAAGCUGGUGCGUAGUGAAGAUUUCCCUCGCUUAGAAAUUGCUCGCACUCUACAAGAUGAACUUGCUCAGAAACCCAGCAUCCAUGCUGACCUGCAACGCAUCAGCCGGCGAGUGGAGCAAAAACUACUGGAGAACAGAGAAGCGCAAAACACGUGAAUUUGUAUAGAGUCAAAGGCAACCUUUAUUACUGUGCCUAUACAUGUAUUCAGAACACAUGCUGUCCUAGAAGAUGGCAUUGUUUUACUGAAUAAAAUGGACAGUUUAAAAUUUUAAUUAAAGCUCAGUGUAACUAUGCAGUUUCACAUUCUGCCCAUUGUAAAGCAUCUGUGUACUUGUCUUUGCAGAGCACCCAUUUUCACUUGCCUUUGGACACACAUCAUUGUUCCUCUUGCUGCUCUGUUUAUAUCCCACCAGUUUAUGUAAACAAAUAUUUUAAAUAUGUUAAGUCCAUGAUUAAAGCCAGCAACAGGCCAGGUAGUUUGCUUGAAUGGAGGCAGCUAUGUGAUAAUAGUGGAUAGUACACCUUUGUAAUACACAACUGUUGUACUUUAGAAACUUCACUAAGUAAGUGAUUAUAUUUACUUGUAACCAAUAAAACAGCUUUAUUUUGGAA